AUGAAGCCCGAUGUCCCUCCAUCCUACGAAAGCGCCGUCAGUCGUGAAGCAUGGACCAUCAUCGCGCCCUGGAUCUCCUCCCGUGAUCUGUGUGCUGCCUGCCUAGUCUGUCAGAAAUGGUACGCGAUCUUCGUGCCAUUUCUUUGGGGCGACCCUGCUUCGCACUUUGGCAUUGAGAACGACGCCGUCUAUGUCGCCCUGACCCGGUUUAAGCGUAUCCUGCGCAAAGCGAGGUUGACCGUGAGGAACCUCACACAUACCUUGCAUCUUCCUCCAGCUCUGAGCGAGAUCUACGGCGGUCCCAACCCGAGCUGGUUGCGCGACGUUCUCGAAUACCUUCCCAACCUCCAAAGCCUGAUUGUGACGAAGUUACCUUUCUUCGACCAUCACAGUCUCAACGCGUUGCGAACCACAAGCGCGGGAAGAAGACUGUCAAGUGAAGAUGUGGAGAGAUUGCCAGCGUUCGGGCUGAAGUUGCUGUUGGCGUCUAGCGAACCGAAUACUACGUCUUCUUCGCUGGCAGGCGCUUUACCACGAUUCGCCAGUCUGGUCUACCUGGAUUUGUCAUAUACCUCACCCGCUCGAGACGCCGCAGUUCUAGCAGCCCUUUCGUAUCUGCAAGACCUUCAGGUGCUCAAGUUACGUGGUGUCGGCCUUAAAGAUGGAGAGGCUGAGGUGCUGGCCAAUGCAAUCGGCAUACGUGUAAGGCUGUUGGAUCUGAGCGACAAUCUUCUGACUGAUAUGGCCGUGCGAUCGUUGAUGCAAGCGUGCUUUUUGCCUUCAGAUGUCACACAACGAGGCACCUUGAAUGUCGAGGACUGGCCUGUAGGCAUGGCGCCCGGCCCCGAUUUCUUCAGCCUGGAUACUCUACGGAGUGAAGAGCUCGAUCACGAGCUCCUCAAGCAGCUGACGAAACCACUUACCGGCAGGCUAGCAUUCGAGGACAUCCCGCAUCGCGGUCUAACUCAUCUCUACAUUUCUGGCAAUCGUCUCUCUGUCGAAGGUCUAUCAAGUCUACUAAAGUCGGAAAGGCUCCAUAUCCUGGACGGCGGUUCGGUCGACACCGUCAAAACCAUUGCACGGACCCAGUCCCUUGCUUCGCCUACAGGCUACAUCGACGAAGUACGAUUCCCAGGCGCCGAGAAAUUGAUUCCUGUGCUUGCUCGUUCAGCCAGCAAGAAUCUAACAUACCUUCGCGUCGAUCAUGCAUUGAUCACAGCAAAGCUUGACGCACCACAUGAGGUCGUCAAGCCGAAAGCAGCUUCUGUCGAGCUUGCUGGGUCUGAGCCACUGGCAGCGGAGCUACCCCCCGAAGCCAGGCGGCUGGCCGAAGCGCCGGCGCCCGCCCAUUAUGCCGUAGAGCUUCCGGCUAAUGAGGAGAUCUUUGAGCUGGAUGCCACCCCUGCCCAGCCCAGGGUUGAACUGGUAGGUGAUCUGAUAUACUUUGCCCUCAGCCCGCCGGUUGGAGACAAACCCGAAGUCGCAAGUCCGGCCACCGAAACACAGAGUCCUAUUCGUGGGGAAGGACCCUAUGCACCGGAGGUAAUAGUGAACGACAAGUCCCGUGGAGAUGGAGAAUACGAUGAUCGCGGAACAGUGGUUGAAUCCGAGAUCUCCGAUGAGACAGGCACUCACAGUACCACGAGAUCGAUCCUGUCGCCGGUAUCCCCACUAUCGUCACAUCCCAACAACAUGACAUUCCAGCCGCUGGUCGCUCCGCCUCUGCCCAAUAAUAAACCGCCACCAACUUCUGUUCCACAGAGGACGAACGGGACAGUGUUAUCUCCGAAGACGUCAAAUGAGACAGCGUCAACCCCGAAGACGUCCCGCCCCCUACCCCCACCACCCCAAAGUCUAUCGCCGUCCAUACCAGCGGCCGCUUUGCAGCACCGUCAAGCACGAAUAGAGGCCUUGUUAGCCAAAAGGCCUCCUGGACUGUCCUCCAGAGGUGUACGAGUGAACUCAAAGAUCACUGUUCAAAACCUAACAUUUUUACAUCCUGCCGUGCUUCCCAACCUGCGAACCCUAGUCCUGACGAACGUGCCCACCACGGUCCCCAAAUCGUCGCCGGUUGUGUUUGCGCUCAAGUCUUUCAUAUCUGCUUGUGCUGACGAAGCUGCACUCGCUCGUCUCCUCGCGCGGACGGACUACUCCCUUCCACCUGGUCCGGCUCGACACGUUGCCGAGCUUGAACAGGCCCGGUCACUCUUUGCGCUUAGGACGAUCGUACUCGAGAUGGAGCAGCCGGUCUCCAAGGAUGCCGUCGUCCAGCGCGGGUGGCAGCACACUCGCCAGCGCAUCAGCAUGAGCAAAUCAUCGACUGGGGACCGGGAUAGUGAGAAUCUAUGGUCGGCCGCCGAGAACGACUUCAGCUUCUUUGGGGAGGAAGGCGAAGAGCAAGACGAGUGUGGAAUCUAUCAACAUGACCCAGAAAAGUACUUCCCAACUGCACAUUUCGACGACAAGAUCCUGCUAGGCCCGGAAGACAACCCACCGGAAAGCGGCUCCAACAGUCCCCACGGCAGCUUUCACGGGCAGGGGACGCUGUCGCCCUUCUCGAUGAAUUACUCGAACGCGACGCUGAGAAGCCCAAGGCAUCUGCCACUGGGACGAAACAGGCGAAGUUCGAACGAAUCUCAGCGUUCCGGCGUCCCUAGAAAUGUGCUAGCCGAGAUCCAGGGUAGUCCAGUCUCGCCGAAAUUCAUAAACGGCCAGUAUCGACCGCGGUCGCGGGAUUCCAUCCCUGUGCCGACAUCGAAUCCCAUGGAGCGAAAGGAGGAAGAAGCGACAGUGGAUGUCAUCGCCGAAGUGGCGGCGUGGAGGAAAGAGAGGAAGAAAGCCUACGAGGAAGAGUUGGCGCGGUAUAGAAUGAGCCGUGCAGGUCACGGGCGUUCCAACAGUAGCUCCGCCCCAAGAGGCUACGGAUACGGGUUUGACCACGGUGCAGGGCCGGGGUCGUUGUCAUACGCGAAUGGAAAUGGGAGUGCUGCUUCAGCACAUAAUCCUGCGACUCAAAUACCAGCAGCAGCAGCAGGUGAUGUUAAUGACAUUGAUAUGCGAUACGUCGAGGGCCAUUGGAAGGGCGAGAUCAAGGUCAUCCGCAACGCGAUACCCAAGGGUCGGACCGGCGUUGUGGACAUGUACGGCAACUAUUUUGAGAAGGGUUAUUUGUACCCUUGA